AUGAUGGAUGGAUCCACCGCUGCGGCGGCGGAGCUGGAGGCGGCGGAGAGGGUGGUGAUGAGGUGGGACUCCACGGCGUUGGCGUCGUCGGGGGGCGGGGGCGGGGGUGGCGACGAGCCGAUGCUGUUUGAUGGCGGCGGUGACAGGACGGAGGCGGAGCGGUUCCUCCGGGCGGUGGAUGACCUCCGGCGGCUGGCGCCGCCGUCGCCGGCCGCGGUCGGCAGCCCGCGACGCACCUCGUCGGCGAGCGGCGGAGGGGCGGCGUCCAACGCCGUGCAGGUUGCUAUGGCGCGGCUGGAGGACGAGUUCCGGCACGUGCUGGCGUCCCGCGCGCUCGACCUGGAGAUCGAGGCGCUCGCCGAUCUCACCUCCCUCUCCAUGUGCAGCGACCGCGCCAACUCCUCGGACGUCGCCGAGGAGGCGGCGGCGGCGGAUGAAGAUGACUCCGUGUCGUCCUCCGUCGGCCGCCGCAGUAGCUACCGCUCGCUGCGCAGCAUCCGGGAGAUCGAUCUCCUCCCCGCGGACGCCAUCUCCGACCUCCACGCCAUCGCCUCCCGCAUGGCUGCCGCCGGCUACGGCCGCGAGUGCGUCCAGGUAUACGCCUCCGUCCGCAAGCCGGCCGUCGACUCCGCCCUCCGCCGCCUCGGCGUCGAGAAGCUCAGCAUCGGCGACGUGCAGAGGCUCGAGUGGGAGGUCCUGGAGGCCAAGAUCCGCCGCUGGAUCCGCGCUGCCCGCGCCGCCGUCCGCGGCGUCUUAGCCAGCGAGCGUCGGCUCUGCUUCCUCAUCUUCCACGACCUCCCCCUCUCCAGCUCUACCAACACCACUGCCGCUGCCGGUUCCAGCCACGAUGCCCCCUUCGCCGAAGCCGUCAAGGGCGCCGCUCUGCAGCUCUUUGGGUUCGCAGAGGCUAUCAGCAUCGGCCGCCGCUCCCCCGAGAAGCUGUUCAAGAUCAUUGACCUGCACGACGCGAUCGCUGAUCUGUUGCCUGACGUCUCCGACAUCUUUGCUGCAUCCAAGGCCGGGGAAUCCAUAUACGUGCAGGCCGCAGAGAUCAGGUCGCGUCUGGCUGAUGCUGUGCGUGGGAUACUGUCGGAAUUCGAGAACGCCGUGCUUCGUGACCCGUCAAAGACCCCGGUGCCUGGUGGUACCAUUCAUCCUCUCACCCGCUAUGUCAUGAACUACAGUAGCCUCAUUUCUGACUACAAAACCACACUGUCCGAGUUGAUUGUGUCGCGGCCAUCGGCUUGCUCCCGAAUCGCUCCCGAGGGCAAUGAGACCGCCCCAUCCUUCCCAGAUCUUGACCUUGCUGACCCAGACAGCCAGUUACCCCUUGCUGCUCAUCUUAUCUGGAUUAUUGUGGUUCUUGAGCACAACCUUGAGAGCAAGGCGUCACUCUACAAGGAUGCAGCACUGUCUCAUUUGUUCAUCAUGAACAAUGUACACUAUAUUGCUCACAAGGUAAAGGAUUCACCGGAGCUCCGGGGGCUUAUUGGGGAUGAGUACUUGAAGCAGCUGACGGGUAAGUUUCGACUGGCAGCCACACGCUAUCAACGGACAGCAUGGUUGAAGAUCCUAAAUUGUCUGAGAGAUGAAGGUCUGCAUGUCAGUGGCGGCUUUUCGUCAGGGGUAUCCAAAUCAGCACUUCGGGAACGUUUCAAGGCUUUCAAUGCUGCAUUCGAGGAAGCACAUAGGGUUCAGUCUGCUUGGUAUGUGCCAGACACACAGCUGAGAGAAGAGCUUAGGAUAUCAAUAGCAGAGAAACUUCUUCCGGCAUAUCGAUCCUUCCUUGGUCGGUUCCGGCAUCAUAUAGAGAACGGAAGGCACCCAGAGUUGUACAUCAAGUACUCAGUGGAGGACCUUGAGACGUCUGUCACAGAUUUCUUUGAGGGCUGUCCACCUUCGCUACAUAACAGGAGAAGAUCCCAUGGAUGAGAUGACUUCAAGACUCAAAAGAUCUUUUACUGUUGACUGAUGAGUGUUGUUGCCUAGUUUUCUACAGUGCUCUGGGAAAAGCGACACUUGAGGGUAUAGUUGGUGAUGAUUUCUUCUACUAGAGAAAUAGUUGCAGAAGGUGGAGAUUGGUAGCUAUGGUGCGAUGUAAAUUGGACACGGACAGCAUGUGCUUGGUAUGUUUAAGAGCCGGGGAAAUGAUUGGCUGUUCAUGAGGAUGCAAUUCAGAUUUCUGUUAUGGUUCUCUAUUGAGUAAUGUUUGGUCGCGGACUCGCUGUAAUGCUGUUAAGCAGUGAGCUGUAUGGAUGUGGCAUUGAAAGUGUGAUGGUUUCUCGCUUGACUAUUCUGGUUCCGUGUCAUUCUUUUCUCGCUUAUUAAUAAGGCUACUAAUCUUUGCACGGUUAUGCUGUCAGAAGUGUUAGCUGAGAUUGUUAAAACUUCACUGUCAUAUUUCACAUUACUAAUCCUA